UUGAUCCGCCAGUUGCCCAUCCCAGAACUAGUUUAAUGUACAUAUUUUUCAAAGAAGGCUAUGGGGCAAGUUCUCCAGUCCUGCUUGGUGUUGGCUUGAAUCAGGAGUAGGAGGGUCAGACAGGCAUGAUGAUGAUAGAGGAAAUUUGUAAAGGGUAAAAAAGCUGGUCCCGCAGACUGAGGUCAGUCCGAUUCCAACGAGCAAUCACUGCAGUGCUAACUAGUCUGGGAAGGAGGAGAUAGAGAGAGCGGAGCCACAAGCCCACCCGCAAUAUGAUCACACACGCGCCAAUGGAAUAAGCAACAAAACAGUUGGAAAUCGAAAUCAAUCUUCACCGUCCACGAGGAAUUCGAUAUCAAAUAGGUUAUUUUGGUUUUACGCACAAAAGAUGACGUUUGAACCUCUUUCCUUUUACGUGACGCAAAGUUUAGACACGUCCGGGUAGACAGACAACUUUAGGCUAGCUAUAUAUUUUAGGAUUUCAUUACGCGUUUAAGUUUAUCCAUUCCGACUUCAUAACCAGACAUUGCAUUUAGAUUUAUUGUUUAUCCUAAACCAACUGUCAGCAUAUAACUGAGGAUGAUCAUGUUUUCCCACGAGUUAUUCGUCUCUUUCCUCGCGGUUACCUGUCUGUUUAGUAUACCCAGAGCGUCUUCGGCGGCAUGUGAGCCCAUUCGGAUCCCUCUGUGCAAGUCCAUGCCCUGGAACAUGACGAAAAUGCCCAACCACCUCCACCACAGCACCCAGGCGAACGCAGUCCUGGCCAUUGAGCAGUUUGAAGGGCUUCUUGGCACCCAGUGUAGUACAGAUUUACUGUUCUUUCUGUGCGCCAUGUACGCCCCAAUAUGCACGAUUGACUUCCAACACGACCCUAUCAAGCCCUGCAAGUCGGUGUGUGAGCGUGCGAAAUGCGGCUGUGAACCUGUGAUGAAACGGUAUAAUCACACCUGGCCAGAGAGCUUGGCCUGCGAGGAUCUGCCAGUCUACGACCGGGGAGUCUGUAUCUCACCUGAGGCCAUUGUAAAAGCAGAAGGACCAGACAACCCUUACUAUCAGGACCCCACAAAAUGCUCAUCUGAAUCAACUCCUGACUUUCCAAGUGAUUCUCACAAUGUCAACUGUAAAGGAGCCAACAAUGAUCGUUGCAAGUGCAAGUCAGUUAAACUGGGUCUCAAGACCUACCUAAAGAAUAAUUACAACUAUGUGAUUCGUGCAAGGGUGAAGGAGAUUAAAAACAGGAAUCAUGACUUGACUGCAAUCGUGGAGGUCAAAGACAUCCUGAAGUCUUCCUUUGUUAACAUCCCUCGUGAUACCGUCACACUGCACUACAACUCUGGCUGUCCCUGUCCUCCUCUCACCGCCAACGACGAGUACAUCAUCAUGGGUUAUGAGAAUGAGGAGAGGUCCAGGCUUCUGCUCAUCGAAGGCUCCAUUGCACAGAAGUGGAAGGACCGUAUGGGGAGGAAGGUGAGGCGUUGGGACCAGGUACUGAGGGACCAGAGCCGGGGGAACUCUGGCAGAAGCAAUAUGCGGCGGACCCACCACUGAUCAUCUAAGGCGUGUCCCUGUGCAGUGAUGACAGGGUUGCAAAAUUCCUCUAACUUCCCAGGUUUUC